AAAAUGACCUCUUUCCAUGGUUUUUUCGUUUUUUCUUUUUUCCGGGCUGAGGUCCAUUUCUUAUGGCCAGAAGGCAUUCUUCCGGCCCAUUGUUGUAAUAACUCCACAAAUCACACCCACUGACCACCCCAUCGUCACCGGAUUCGCCUCCCCGUACCUCUCCGAAACCACAACUCCGGCGUCUGUACUUGAUCUUCUCCGUCGCAGCCUCGGUUGUAUCCGAGGCCUUUGACCUCGCAUCGCGCCGCCACGUGGAUAGUCCUCCUUGUUUCCGGUAGUUCCUCCGUCUCCCAAUCGAAAUAUCCAGGAAAUGGGUUUAUGGACGCUGCUGGAGGGCUGUCUGCUUCUUGCCAACGCGUUGGCAAUACUGAACGAAGACCGUUUUCUUGCGCGUAGGGGAUGGAGCUUCGAGGAAUACUCUGGGAUCAAGAGGAAUUCAUUGAAGGGCCGGAUUCUCGGUCUCAUCUAUGCAACACAGUACUUGAGAGUCCCACUCAUGCUCCUCAACAUUCUCUGCAUUAUUGUGAAGCUCAUUUCUGGAUAAUCACUCACUCAGUUCCUCUUGCAAAUCAUUCUUGUUACAGAAAAGAGCAUUUUGAGCAUGAUAAUAGGUACCAUGUCAAGAGGUUCUUGGUUGAUGAUAAUGUAUGAGUAUAAUUAAUCCUAAGAUCUAAGGUUUGUAUGUUGUGCCUCAAGGAUGAAACAAUUUUCUCAGGUGGUUGUAAAACACAAAUGCUAAGAUUCUUUAGUUCCUGUUUGAAUACUUCAUAUGUUCAAGGUUCAUCAUUGGAAUGCAAAGCUCUGUGUUCUAUUCUUUAUGAAUGUAAUGAUUGUUCCCAUAGGAGGAGAGCAAAUUUAAUGUCCCAAAAUGUUUUUUCAUCCACAUGUUUCACUCUGUACAUUCUACUCAGCACAAGAAUAAAUUGAGACCAUAUUG